AUGUCUACAUUAUCUGCACAAAGGCGCAGCGGCCGCAAGCGGGCUGCUAACACCCGCAUCGCCGACCUACCAGAAACCUCGCCUUCACAAAGACCCAGGACAACCACAAAGCGAAGAAAGGUCGGCUCCUCUCAAGCAUUACUAGCUGCAGGUCCCAAAGCUGAUACGUUGAAGCCAAAUCAUCCGCCAGCUCGUAAUCGACCGUCACGACGCCCAAGAAUCUCAGAUGAAUUAGGAGACAAUGAGACAGAGGAGGAAGAGGAUGACGACGACCACGACAUUAGCCCAGAAGAAGAAGCUGAGGAGCGGCGGGACUCCAUUGUGCGGUGCCUUGAUGUUGCAUCUUACGAGGUAAAUGCCGCUGCGGCUCAUCAUAAUUCCACAGUGUCCAACAUGGGAAAUGUAGAAGCAUAUGCCACAAUAUAUGGUAGAAAUUGGACAUUUUAUGUCGAUGAGAUCAAAAUCAUCAUCGGACGGCAGGCGGAAGAGACGAAACAAGAAGAUUAUGAUAAGGGUCAAGCCAAUAUUGACCUUGGCCCAGCCAAAAUGAUAUCAAGAAUACAUGCAGAUAUAACAUUUGACGGAAAGAACGAUUGGCAUAUAACUGUUAAUGGUCGUAAUGGUGUACGGAUUAAUGACCAUCAGCUCAAGAAAGGAGAUUCUCAUAAGGUCGGAAACGGGGACAUCAUUGGUAUUAGUGGUACCCAGAUGCUGUUUCAUCUCGCAGGACAGCCAAUACGCAUCUCACCCUGGCUAAGUGCGAAGACGGGUAUACCAGAGGAUCAGGGCGAAGUCUCAACAAGCCCUGCUUUACGUCGAGGUACUCUCAACAGUCGUUCUUCAUCAGAAAGCCAGCAUACGCUACAAGAUGGCAACCUUCCGGCCAUCUCAUCAAACGCAAUGCUAGACGACCGGCCCCAAACCCCAGAGCCUGCUCAGAAGAGAGAACCAAUAACGUCUGCAAAGAAGCGUUCACCGAUUAAGCGCGGUAUUAUGAUGGAGUCGACAGAGCAAAUUGACUACUCGUUGGACAGCUCAAAAGAUUUCAAGCCCGCUUAUAGCUAUGCGUCAAUGAUCACUUGGGCAAUCCUAGCCACUCCAGAUGAGGCCUUGACAUUGAAUGGCAUUUACGAAUGGAUCAAGAAGCAUUACGCGUAUUACAGGCUAACAACUUCGGGUUGGCAAAAUUCGAUCCGCCACAAUUUGUCUCUUAACCAGAGUUUCUACAAGAUACCACGCAGGCCCGAUGAGCCCGGGAAAGGUAUGAAAUGGACAUUUGUCCAGGAAGCUCGGGAAGCUACUAUUGCUGCUGCACAUAAGAACUUGAACAAAGGUGGUGGACGUAUUUCGUCGGCGCCUGGGUCUCCGGCCGAUCCUCCAACCCAAGCCUUGUUGAUUAUUCCUGAGCCUGGCCAAAGUGCUACAAAUUCACCCACGCAACGCACUCCACCGUUGUCCUCUUCGUAUCGGCUUGAGGCACAAAACACAUCCACUCCCUCCCACGAGGCUUACGAAGAGGUCCCACUGCCAAUUUACGCGCCGACGCAGGGACAGCUACCAAUGCUGUCAGACGAGACUUCUCCAGCGCCGCGUCGCUUUACCAACAAUAAUCUUACUAUUGCUGGCUCUUCACCUAUUCUAUCCACUGGCUACGGAAACUCUGGCUUGCCGAUGCAUACCCCUGCUCCUCGAGCAUUCAACCUUCCCGCUCCGCAACCCAACACUGCCAAAUUGCCUACUAGCCAUAUGACUCCUGUGACCCCAGCACCAUUCUGGAAGUAUGGAGGAAGCGGCCUAGAUAGUACACCAGCGAGAUGGCCCGAUAGCAGUCCAGUCAAGAUGGAAGGAAAUGUGCCACUAAGCAGCAGUCCUCCCCCUGUGAAUGGCUUUGAAAGUCCCACCAGGAAGGCUGGCUCGUCGCAACAGCAGAACACCGCUCACGCUAGCUUCGGGCCUUCGGCACAAGACGGGCACAUUACGCUUGGUAAUCAUGGGGCUGGGCUGGGUGAUCAUUCAAAUACUAGCCAUCGAGAGGACUCUGAUGGUGGGAUUGAUCUUUUCAAGUGA